CAUAGCCAAACUACAUUAAGUAAUUUCACCAAAAACCGAGUUUGGGUGAAAUCUCUCUCUCUAUUCCAUUGCCUAGAGAGUGGGUAGGAUGGUAUAGUGGAUAAAAAAGAAAAUGAAAAAAAUAUAGAUUGUUGGUACAGUCAAGAGUAUUCAGCGGGUAGCUUAAAGCUUUACACUUGUAGCGUGAAUCUCCGGAGACCUCAGACCAAUUACCAUAGGACUUGCUCACUUGCCUUGCUAGAUGUCACCCCUCUGUCAAAAGUAUAUGAUCACAAUUAGCAAACAAACUGUGUAUAGAAUCAAUGUUCCAUUGUGGUAAAAUUACAUAUGUACACACAUAUGUAUUACAAUUUAAAUUUAUAGUUGUGAGUGUGGACACAGGAUAUAUUUAUUGGUGAGUUAAAGAAAUUGAUGAAUAAUAAACUAGGUUUGAACACCAGCAAGAUAAAAAGACCUAAGAACGGUAGCCACUGGUUGUAUGCAUGUUUUCAAAAUGAUGAAGAGAGAAUUAAAGCUAUUGCAGCAUUGAAUGGUUACUCUUGGAAAGGAAAGACAUUAAUAGCUGAAGAAGCAAAACCAGCACCUGACCCACUUGUCAGAAAGAGAAAACAGGAAGAAGAGGGAAUACAGAACAAGAAGAAGAAAGAAGAUAAUGAUAAAAGUCAGGAAGAGAGAUUGAAAGAUGCAGUUACUCCAUACUGGAAUAUGCCAUAUGAAGAGCAGACAAAAUUAAAAGAGAGAGAAGUCAAGAAUCUACUCAUGAAAUUUGAUAAUGAGGUGUGGAAAAUUCACAAAGAGAAGAGAACAGAAAUUGAAGCAAACCGAAAAGUAUAUGAUGGUUUAAGUUUCGAGUUGAAACCCAUACAGAAGUCACCAGUAACAGAGGGGUAUAGGAAUAAGUGCGAGUUCACUGUUGGGAUUGACGAAGAGACUAGCAAGCCCACUGUGGGGUUCAGGUUGGGCAGUUAUGUCACCGGUACAGUUGCUGUUGCCCCUAUUAGCAGUUUAAACCACAUAUCUGAGAAGAUGAAAAAGGCAGUUUUGGUUUUCCAAAACUUUGUUCGUCAGUCGUCUAUGGAACCAUUCUCACCGGCGGACUAUUCGGGCUAUUGGCGAUAUCUCACCGUCAGAGAGUCCAAACACACAGGAGAUCUGAUGCUAAUCAUUUCUAUGCAUCCACAGGAUCUGACAACAGAAAAACUAGAAGAAUUGAAAAAAAAUCUAAUAGAACACUUCAGUACAGAAGAAUCAGUGGCGUGUUGCAUUAAAUCUUUAUACUUUGAGCUCCUCACUAAAAAACGAGUAGGCGAGGACGGAUCAAAGCCUACCCAUUUAACAGGAUCAACCCACAUAAUAGACACUAUAUUGGGACGACAAUUCAGGAUAUCCCCGGAAGCUUUCUUUCAGAUAAAUACAGCCGGCGCUGACAUUCUGUACCAGAGCGCGAUAGACAUGAGCCGAGUGCAGCGCGACACCACCAUAGUGGACAUCUGCUGCGGCACUGGCACUAUUGGCCUGUGCUUUGCCAAGCAUUGCGACAAAGUUGUCGGCUUGGAACUGAUCGCUGAAGCCGUGAAGGACGCGAAGGCGAAUGCGGAACUGAACCAAAUUGAGAAUUGCGAAUUCUUCGCGGGCAAGGCGGAGGACAUCCUGCCGUCGGUGCUGGCGCGAGUCACGGGGGACGAUGUCGUGGCCAUCGUCGACCCGCCCAGAGCUGGCUUACAUAUGCGAGCGGUGACUCAACUGCGAAACACAAAGAAGGUCAAACGUCUAAUAUACAUAUCGUGCAGCCCGGCGUCGGCCGUCAAAAACUUCGUGGACCUCUCGCGCCCCUCGUCCAAGACUCUGAGAGGGGCCCCCUUCGUCCCCGUGCGAGCCGUCCCCGUCGAUAUGUUCCCGCACACUAAGCAUGUUGAGCUAGCUAUACUGUUUGAGAGAGAGCAAUCAAAGGAACAAGUUGAUCAGACAAAGGAGCAAGUUGAUCAGAUAAAGGAGCAAGUUAGUCAGACAGAGGAACAAGUUGAUCAGACAGAGGAACAAGUUGAUCAGACAGGGGAACAAGUUGAUCAGACAAAGGAACAAGUCUCAGAAGAUGUUAAUGGUGACAAGCAAGCAAUAGAAGUUGAUUCAAACAACGGAGAGAUGGCUCUAGAUAGUGAUAUAAGUACAAAUGAUGUACAGAUUUGAUAUACAUAUUUUGUUAAUAAAUUGUUUUUUAAUUG